ACAGGGGGCUAAAUAAUAGGAUUUUUGGAUCUGCUAUUUUGCUCUAAAAUAUGAAAUGUGACAUGACACAGAUCAAUAGAAGAAAGGGAUCCAUUGUCUCUGAAUCCAGUUUCAGGCUUCUUGCAAUCAGCGUUGACAGCCCGCUGGCUCAGAAGAAGACAGGAUGCCUGUCCACUGCGUGGCUUAUGGCUGUGGAAAAACUGCCGAUGAUGAUGUGACACUAUUUAAAUUUCCCAAGGAUGCUGAUGAGUUUUGCAAAUGGGAGAAACAGGUCCAGCGCAGUCGACCUCACUGGUCUGCCACACCCAACUCUCACCUGUGCAGUGAGCAUUUUGGUAAGGAGUAUUUUGAGUCUAAGCCACCUUCUAGCACCUUCAGAGCUUCCAUGGGGGCUCUGAAGUUGAGGCCUGGAGCUGUUCCAACAGUGUUUGUCCGGCCACACGUCAGUGGAGUUGGCUUCACUGCCUCUGUACCUGCUGGUGGAUGCAAAAAGACCUUGGCUGAAUCAAGAGAAAUUAACAAUCCAGCACAAGGUGACGAACUGUCCGAUAGCGAGUCUGAUGACUUUGAUGGACAGGUGGACAAAAUCAAGAAGAAUCGGAAAGUGAGAAAGCUGCCGCUUAAAUCAAAACCUAGUGAUGACAGAACAGUGGUGUGCGAGUUGUGUGGUUCCACCGGCAUCCGUAGCACCUUCUAUUCAAGGUCCAAGCGUUUCUGCAGUAUAUCCUGCGCACGCUCCUGUUCGUCCAUCUCAAAGAAGUCUUCCAUAUUGGCUUGUUUGAAGGAAAAACACCCAUCAAAAAAGAUAAGCGUGCUAAACAAGGUGACCAAAGGUCUGUCGAGACCAGGGGAUGAUGGUAUACCUUUUGAUUGGGGCAUCUACUUGGACAAGGAAACCUCUCUGGCUGCAUCUGUCUCCUGCUUCAGACAUGCUCCUCUUUGUGAACAGUGGGACGACAUCGCUGUAGGGAUGAAGGUAGAGGUCCUGAACACAAACGCCGUCCUACCCAGCAAAGUCUACUGGAUUGCCACCAUCAUCCAGCUCGCAGGAUACUACGCCCUGCUUAGAUAUGAAGGCUUUGAGGAAGACAGCAGUCAUGAUUUCUGGUGCAGCCUCAGUUCAGGAGUGCUGUACCCAGUUGGAUGGUGUGCCAUGACCAGCAAGCUGCUGGUGCCACCACAAGAUGUGAAGCAGGACAUCUCAGAUUGGAAAGCAUAUUUGAUGAAGAAGCUGGUGGGGGCCAGCACGCUGCCUGCUGACUUCUACAUCAAGUUGGCAGAAAGUGUGAAAUACCCGGUAAAGUUUGGUAUGUGGGUGGAGGUGGUGGACAACAGAUGCUUCAGUCGGACCCGUUUGGCCACUGUAGACUCCAUUAUUGGUGGACGUCUCAGGCUGGUGUACACGGACCAAAGUGACGCUCCUGAAAACAUCGUCUCUGACUUCUGGUGUCACAUGGCGAGUCCUCUGCUGCAUCCGAUAGGCUGGGCCAAGACAGUGGGACAUGCCACUAAAGAACCUGGAAAUGCUAUGGAAUCUGCUGCUGCUCUCAGGGCUACCUGUGAUUAUGCAUCACUAUUCAUUAAUAAGCCCCGGUUUGUCUAUAUGAAAGGAGAUUUCUUCAAGGAAGGAAUGAAGCUGGAGGCCAUUGACCCACUGAACUUGGGCAGUAUCUGCGUGGCCACCGUACACAAGGUGCUGUUAGAUGGUUACCUGAUGGUCGGCAUCGAUGGCAUCGCGUCACACACCAACUCAGACUUGUUUUGUUACCAUGCCUCCUCUCAUGCUAUCCUUCCCGUGGGCUUCUGUAAAAAGAACAACAUCCAGCUCACGGUACCACAAGGUUAUGAUUCUGAGACGUUCACCUGGCCUGAAUACCUGAAUGACACUAAAUCUGAAGCUGUGCCUCCUCAUCUAUUCAACACUGACUACCCGGGUCACGGUUUCUCUCCGAACAUGAAGUUGGAAGCGGUGGACCUGAUGGAACCUCGCCUGGUGUGCGUGGCCACCGUGAAGCGCUGCGUGGGCCGCCUGCUGCUCAUCCACUUCGACGGCUGGGACGAUGAAUUCGACCAAUGGAUUGACAACCGCUCUCCAGACAUCUACCCAGCCGGCUGGUGCGAGCUCACAGGCUACCAGCUUCAGCCACCACCCAGGCUUGAUGUACCCGACAGCCAGCUGGCUCGGAACAAGAAAUACAAGCCAGUAUUUGGAAAAAGGAAAAAGAAAUAUGCGAGGAGGAGACUACUCAGUCAGGAACCAGGCCAACAGCACACCAGCGAUAAUGAUGAUCAGCAUCCCGGGUUUGAAGACACCAGGGGCCCUCAGAUGUCCUCAGAACCAUCGCUCAAGUCCCAGGAGCAGCUGCAGCCAACGGAAAGGAGUGGUGAAGUGACCAAAGUGAUCUCUGAGGACCGAUCCAGACCAUUACCUGGAGAUUCCAGGCCCACAGACGUCAGGCUGCUCGGAAACAUGUCACUCAUCCAGCCCAAGACUGAGCCAGAGGAGGAGAUCUUUCCAGUUCACGUGAAAGUGGAAGAGGUGGAGAUGGAGACCCCCAUCGCUACUCCGGAUAGUUCUCCACAAGUUUCUGUCACCUCGGUGAAACAGGAGGGAAGGUGUUGAGAAGAAUGAACUUGUGACGAUGCAGUUUGGAAAACACUGAGAUAAAAGUGAUGGAAGUGACCUGGAAGAGCGGUGAGCAGCAGGGGAGUAAACGACACAGGCCUGAGGCGACUGGUCCGCUAAAGAACUGCUGGUGCACCAUCGAUGGAACUCGACUAAAGGAGACCAGAUCAAACAUGUCUGCUGAAAGGACAAAGACGUCCGAACAGUGACAUGAGGAAGACGUUGCUCACACAUAAGGUACAGAUGUUUGGUAGGUCAGUUGAUUUAACUUAAUACUACCCUGUAUUUCCACGAUGUGGAGCAGGUAGCUCAGUAGGAUAAGGAGUUGGGCUACCAAUAUGUACACCUGAGUUUGAUUCCUAGUCACGCUACCCAUCUGUGUCCUCGGGGAAAGACACUUAAGCUGCUUGUCUGAACCUACCCAGCUGUAUAUUGGGACUAUCCUUGGCUGGGGAAGGAACCUGUGUCUGACUGGCAUCCCGUCCAGGGUAAGUCGCAGACUCUAUAAUCUGGAUAAGCACCAGUGAGCCUGUAGGAUAUUUCCAUAAUCACUCUCUCAGCCAGUUUAAACCGACCUCCCUUGUUUCAUUCUAGCCAGUCUGGACCACAGGUUAAUGCUGUGUGAGCAGAGGAGGUGUCCUCUGGUUUGAGUUGAACUUUAGCUUGUAAUCAGUUCAGAGAGAACUUGUAAAUACUUUUAUUUUCUGUUUUCUUACCAUAUUUGAUGAUGAUGAUAUAAGAAUGUAACCACUAAAAA